UUUGUGAAGUACUGGUUUUAAUUCCUCUUUAAAGUUUGAUAGAAUUUACCAAUGAAAGCAUCUGGUUAUGGGCUUGUGGGAAGUUUGUUGAUUACUAAUUCAUCUCUUUACUUUUUUAUAGGUCUAUCAAAAUUUUGUAUUUUUUGAGUAAUGUUUUAAAUUAAAAAAAUAUAAAGCAAGUGUAAAGUGGUAAGUAUGUAUAAGGUAGUCUGGUAAAGCCCAAAUUGUGUAUAAAAAUGUGUCCUCCUACUUCACGGGAAUUCAGUUUGAAACUUACCAUUUAACAAUUCAGUUUUUUAAAACAUGACUUUUCAAAAGAGUGUUGUUAAUGUCUUUUUAUUUGAAUUAUUUUAAAUACAUCAAAUAUUUUGUAUUUCAUAAUGGCUUGGAAUUUAAGGGUUUGGUGUUUGUUUUUGUUUUUGUUUUUGUUUUAUUGCUUUUAUCUCAGCAGCAAUGCAGCAAGUGUUGGAUAACCUUACGGAGCUGCCCUCAUCUACAGGAGCAGAAGAAAUAGACCUAAUUUUCCUCAAGGGGAUUAUGGAGAAUCCUAUUGUAAAAUCACUUGCUAAGGCUCACGAGAGGCUAGAAGAUUCAAAACUAGAAGCUGUCAGUGAUAAUAACUUAGAAUUAGUCAAUGAAAUUCUUGAAGAUAUCACUCCCUUAAUAAAUGUGGAUGAAAACGUGGCAGAACUGGUUGGUAUACUCAAAGAGCCUCACUUCCAGUCACUCUUGGAGGCCCAUGAUAUUGUGGCAUCAAAAUGUUAUGAUUCACCUCCAUCAAGCCCAGAAAUGAAUAAUUCUUCUAUCAAUAAUCAGUUAUUACCAGUAGAUGCCAUUCGUAUUCUUGGUAUUCACAAAAGAGCUGGGGAGCCACUGGGUGUAACAUUUAGGGUCGAAAAUAAUGAUCUGGUAAUUGCCCGAAUCCUUCAUGGAGGAAUGAUAGAUCGACAAGGUCUGCUUCAUGUGGGAGAUAUCAUUAAAGAAGUCAAUGGUCAUGAGGUUGGAAACAAUCCAAAGGAAUUACAAGAAUUACUGAAAAAUAUUAGUGGAAGUGUCACCCUAAAAAUUUUACCAAGCUAUAGAGAUACUGUAACCCCUCAACAGGUGUUUGUGAAAUGUCAUUUUGAUUAUAAUCCAUACAAUGAUAACCUGAUACCCUGCAAAGAAGCAGGAUUGAAGUUUUCAAAAGGAGAAAUUCUUCAAAUUGUGAACAGAGAAGAUCCAAACUGGUGGCAGGCUAGCCAUGUAAAAGAGGGAGGAAGCGCUGGUCUCAUUCCAAGCCAGUUCCUGGAAGAGAAGAGAAAGGCAUUUGUUAGAAGAGACUGGGACAAUUCAGGACCUUUUUGUGGAACCAUAAGUAGCAAAAAAAAGAAAAAGAUGAUGUAUCUCACAACCAGAAAUGCAGAAUUUGAUCGUCAUGAAAUCCAAAUAUACGAGGAGGUAGCCAAAAUGCCUCCCUUCCAGAGAAAAACAUUGGUAUUGAUAGGAGCUCAAGGUGUGGGACGAAGAAGCUUGAAAAACAGGUUCAUAGUGUUGAAUCCCACUAGAUUUGGAACUACAGUGCCAUUUACUUCACGGAAACCAAGGGAAGAUGAAAAAGAUGGUCAGGCAUAUAAAUUUGUGUCACGGUCUGAGAUGGAAGCAGAUAUUAAAGCUGGAAAAUAUUUGGAACAUGGGGAAUAUGAAGGAAAUCUCUAUGGAACCAAAAUCGAUUCUAUUCUUGAAGUUGUCCAAACUGGACGAACUUGUAUUUUGGAUGUCAACCCACAAGCCCUGAAAGUGCUGAGGACUUCCGAGUUCAUGCCCUAUGUUGUAUUUAUUGCUGCUCCAGAACUAGAGACAUUACGUGCCAUGCACAAGGCAGUGGUGGAUGCUGGUAUCACUACUAAGCUUUUGACGGACUCUGACUUGAAGAAAACAGUGGACGAAAGUGCACGGAUUCAAAGAGCAUACAACCACUAUUUUGAUUUGAUCAUCGUAAACGACAAUCUAGACAAAGCCUUUGAGAAACUACAAACUGCCAUAGAGAAGCUGAGAAUGGAGCCACAGUGGGUCCCAAUCAGCUGGGUUUACUGAUGAUUCAAUAAGGUUCAUAAUGGAAAUAAAACUUUUUAAAGUAACUGCAACAAAUAAGCCUUCUACUGAGAAAAUACAUGCACAGAUAGAAGAUAUCUGCCAAGUUCAGGCAUUUUUAUUGUGUAGAUUGAAAUACCAGUACACUAUUCUGAAUUUUUAUAUAAAAUGUGGUUGGGAAGGUGUACUAAUAUAUAAUUUAUCUUAAUUUUUCUAACUUUUUAUGGAUAACCUUUCUAUUCAUACCACAUAAAGAAAUGCGUUGAAGCAUUUUGUAUAUGUUUUGAUUUAGUACCCUUGCCUUUUUCAUCAAAGGAAUUUUCAAAGCCUUCAUUCUUGCAUUGGUCUCCCAUUUUCACUGUGAUAAUGAAUACUUGAAAUAGUUUUGUAAAUCUGUCCUUUAGUUCAGUAUUUAACUAGUGAAGGGUCAGUUACUCUUUAUUAGGAGAAAAUAGUAGUUAUUGGCCUUCUUUCCUAAUAUAAAUUCUUACAGAAACAGAACUAUAAUGUCCAUACCUUCCAAUUCUGACAUCAGAAGUCUGCUCAACACUACAUGGUUUCGUUAUUUCAGAGAUAUAUGGCUAUCCAUUCUAAUUUAGGCAGAUAUGUUUUUUUCCCCUUUUUUUCCAUCUUGAGGGAAAGUGAAGAGCAAUACUUUGCACUCUCAUUUGUUGCCAUGACAGGCUGAUACUAAGUGAAUGUGUACACAGCAAGGAAGGCCAUGCAGGCUAAGGGAGUGCCUUAUCCUGUAACACAUAACACAGCAAAAUGACACAUAAAGUUGAUUUAUUUUCACAUGUAGAAAUUUGACAAAAAUGAACCUACUGCUUUCAACAUUUUUUUAUUAGGAUAUGGUCAGCAAAUGUAUGAUGCCUUUGCAAAUUUCUGUGAUGCUUUAAAAUGCCUCUAAGUUUGCAAGUGGGGGAUUUUUCUGAAGAAUCAGCAUCCUUUCUGAAGUGUGAUGUGAUUGUUAGAAUACUUAAAUCUUUUGUGUUGAGAACCAAAUCCAUUGAACAACUUAGGAGAUUUGGAAAUAACUGUCAGCUGUCUUACCUAUAUAUAACAUAUACAUUAUAUAAUAUAUAUUAAAUGAGGUUUUAUAUUUUUUUUUACAUUUCUGUUAGGAAAUGCGCUUUUUUGUUUAGUAAUUAGGAAAACCGCUCUCUUUUAGAGGCAUUAACAUACUCAGAUUUUUAAAAUUCGUCUCAGUUAAAAUCUUCCUUUAGGAUUCUUGGAUGGUAUAAAUUCUUCCUCAAACAUAUUCAGAGAUGUAGCUCAUCAUUUAACUAAGUUAUGUUAUGUUGCUGCCAGCUUUUCAUAGGGACAGUAUUCACACCUACAGGGUUAGAUGCUUGUGGUCAUCUUUGGCCAUGGUAGGCAUCAGGCACCUGGCUGUUAAUUUUUCUCCUCAGCAAAGCUGUCACAUGGAACACUAGCCAGAAGGGCUUAGAGGGAAGAGAAAAUACCUGGCAAUAAGCAGUUAUGCACACAUUGCUUUAAAUCUUCUUCACAAUGAAACAGCCAAGUGGCUGUAUUGUUAAGAUUGGAAAUGUAUAGUUAUUUUUUUUUAUUCUAGAGUUUCAUAUCCAGAACACAAAUUCAUGUUCUUUGUCCUAGGAUAGGGAUAUUAGUGGUAAAAUGGAUCAUACCCUUUUAAUAACUUUGGUAACUUUUAAACCACAUAUAUUCGCAUCCAAUUCUCGGCUCCUCAAAGCAACCUGAAUCAAAGCAGUGUUGAGAUAAUGUCUUAUGAUUUAGUAUUUAAACACACUGUAAAUUUUCAGGAAAUGUGCUGUCUUCUGCACAGAGCCUCUUUGAACAACUUUGGGAUCAUCGUAGCAGCACAAGAAGUGUAUCCACAAAAUAUUUCAACUGUCUUCACAUAAUGGAGAUGAUUUUUACAUCAUCUAUAUUUUUAGCCUUAUCCUGUGGUUUAAAAUGCAUAUUAUUUAGAAAAUAGUCUAUACUUAAAGGAAUUAUUUCUAUUAUAAAUGGUAUUCAUGACUAGUUAAUAUACACUAGAUCCCCCAUAAUAUAAAAUGAAAUAAUGCUGUUUAGUUUAUCUCAGUCUAGAUGCCAGAGCUGAAGAGAAUAAAUUCAGAAAAGGUCACUGUAUCUCAGUAGAGUUAUUGAACUUGAAACUGAAGUCCCAUCGGAGUCUGCAGGACCCAGUAGAGCUCUACUGGGGCAAGGAGUCCCAGACGCCCCAGGAUUCUCCCAAGGCAAUGAGAGUAUUGUUGUAAUCAAUGAAGUAUGAACUUCUCUUGUGGGAAAUAUCUAAAAUAAUUAGCUUUACUGAAGAGAAAACGGUUUAAAGGGAUGCUAAACAAUUGGUAAUAGUUAAAAUACAAAUGCACAUGCAAAUGCCUUUGGGAAACUUGUGCCAAUACAUUAAUGCACCCGAGGAUUCUUUGUGAUCAGAAGAGUGUCCACAAUCAGAUUUCAGGGCAUGACAAUUUAUAUACAACUAAAUAUUAUAUAUAUAUGUUUUUUAUUUUCAAAUGUACAAAUACCCCUAGAGGUGAUGUUCCUGGAUAAGUCAUGUAACAGUAUAACUAGUGGAAUAUAUGUGAUGCACUACAAGUAGACUUUCACUUUUAUUCCAGCCGUGUCUUGAUUAUGCAGUCUUAAUUUCUGUUUGAUAUCUGUAUAUUAUCAAAUAUCCAAUACAUCAGGACUUUUACUUCUGCCAAUUCUUAACUAUACAAUUGCUGAACAUAGCUUUCUAAAAUAGAAAUCUUAUCAUAAACCCAGUAUGACUACAGCAAUAGUAGCCUGAACCCUAGAUUCUAGAAUCUAGUAGAUUUGCUUAUAGUAGCUUAUCAGGACAAGUUUUCUUUAAAAGAGCAAAUUGGUUAUUAACACAAAUUUAGAAAAUAAUGCAAAUUAGCAAUAAAAUACAAUAGUGUAGCAUUAUAGAUUAUGGCCAGAUACUAACUGCUUUGACCAUACUAUCCCAAUGACAAUAAAAGAUGAUCUUUGCUUUAAAAAUUCACUAAAUUGGUACUUCUUGCUAGACAAAACAGUAAGUGUCAUAAUCCAGUGAUUGGAGUUGAUUUUCAAGAUGGAUAGCCAUGGAGUUAGGUACAGUUAGUUUGAACUGAUAAAUAUUAACCAUAAAAUUUUUGAAAAUUGGUCAAAAUAGUGCUCUACUUAACAUUGUACUUUUAUGACUUCUGAAACAACACUCCAUUUUCCAAAAAUCACAGGCUAGGGAGCCAAUAAUUUUGUAGUAAUGAAUCUUUAUACUAAAUAUGGAAAAAGAAAUCCUGAACUUUUAUGUACAUAUAUAGGUCAUUUUAUAAGUGUCUGAGUCACCAUAUAUAUAAUAUAUAUACAGCCAUAUGUAUAAUAUGUAAAAUUCUCCCCAAAUACAUGAAUAAUAAAACUAAAUAUGGUCAUCCAUGUAACUAUAGCUAGUGAUCUUAAAUGUUUACUCCCAAAUUCUUAGACAUUCUGAAACCUUUUUCACAUUGUUUUCUAAGGCUCUAGUUUUACCUUGAGGCAGAUACUAAUCUUCCUGAAAAAUAUUAAGCUCAGAAGAUUAACUUAAUUUCUUUAAGCAAAAAGGACAGAGUUCUAGAUGGCAGCCUCUUAGUAAAUACUUAUUUAAACUUUAAAUGAAUUUGUGAUAUGGUUCAGGCUUAGAGAUUAUGGUAACUGCCCUCCUCUUGUUCCAGUGGAUUUGCUGUGAGAAUUCAUGUAAUAACAUCUGUAAUGUAUUUAAGUUCUUGAGCAAAAUUCAGUAUUCUAAAUAAUGGGAUCAUUGUAUAUAUAAAAGUGAAUAUUCACAAACUUUUAAGAAUAUAGUCAACUAAUAAUUCAGCAUCAUUUUUUGAGUAUGCACUGUAUAUCUUAAGAAGAUAACAAUUCUGUAAUUCCUUAAGGUAAGAUUAUUUUUAAAUUACAUUUUUGUUAGCCUCAAGUUUUAUUCAUUUUUUAAUAUGUCCUAUAAUUCAUUAUGUUACCUUUGUGUUCCUGGAAUGAUUUAGUGCAGAAACAGAAAUAAGUCUUUAAUACACUAAAAAGUGAAGGAAUGAUAUCUCAUUUCUAAGGUAAGAAUUUUAAAGCAUGGUUUGUACCACUUCCGUAGUACAUUGCACUACUUUCUUUAAAAUAAUCUCUUUUGUUAAAAAUAGAGAUGGUGUACUUCUACUAGCUGAGAUCCUAAUUCUGAUUCUGACCAUGCGACCUUUGAUAAAAUUUAUAUUUCCCUUUACUUUUAAUAUUCCACCCGUUAAAUAGGGCUAGCUUAAUAUUUGUCUUCACCUUAAAUUACAAGAAGUAAUUUGUAACUCUGAUGUGAUGAAUGCUAGACUGGAAAAUCCUUAUUAGGCUACUUUAUUUAUUAUAUGUAUUCACUUAUAUUGAGGUUGUUUAUCUUUUAGUUCAUUUAAAAUGUAUCUCUUCAGAGGUAGUAUAAUGAAUGGUACACACCAUUCAAGAAUCCUCCCUCUAAUUUUAAAACAGCUCUGAGGAAGGUCUGUUCUCUCUUGUGGCCUUGGUCAGGAGGUCCAUUUUAGUUUAGAAUCCCACUCUCAGUCCAAACCUUUAACAAAUUCUUCUUACUCACAAAUCAAAUAAAAUUUAAGCAAUCUAGUACUCUGACAUCCAAGAAAUUCUGAACUUUGGCCCUUAAAGCUGCCCUACCUUAGUUCUUAUGCCUGAAAUUUAUCACUGCAGCCCUAUUGUUUAACCCAUAGUAUUAAGUUUAGAAGGCAUCUGUUUCUUUAUAGGGAGAACUGUUGUUAGGUCCAAUUAGUGGACCUUGAAUCGGACAUGAAGACAUCUUAGUUGCAUUCUCUUUUUAAUUGCUUCACGGCUCCUGGCUGAUAAUACAGUGCCGUGAUAAAUCUGACUUUCCUCCACACACCAAAGUCAGCCAGAAGUGACCGUUCCUUCCCUUUUCUUCCCUACCAGUUUUUCCUAAUUCCCAGCACAAACUGAAUGAACACAUCUACAAUGAACAUAAAUGCUGCUUCGUACUUAGGAGAGUAAAUGACUCAGUGCUUGUAAACGUUCUUGAGUCCCACUGAAUAGGUACUGUUGCUUCCACAAAGCAGAAGCCAAAAGGUCUUAUUUUAACAGUUGGAACUAGAGGUCUUUGUUGCACUUCAGCAACAGCAGAGGGUAGAAACACACAAAUACGACAGGCCAUACCUGACAUUAGUCUUUCUUCAUAUCGGUCAAGGUGGCCAAGGAGCUUAGAGGAAGUGGAAAAAAGCAGAGCAUUCAAAACUCCUCAGCUAUAAAUUACCACUGUUAAAGCAGAAGUCAUCAGCACUUGAAAUAUGUGGUCUUCAUCGUAUUCCAAAAUAAGAGAGGCAGGCAAUAGUAUAGCAAUUGCUUUGAAGACCUAGAGCUUGUUCUGAUGAACAUGGUCCAAAUGAGGAAUACCUUCACCUUUUCAGGCAGAACCAGAUUUGAGGAAUAGCUCAUCUCCAACUGUAAUUUAAGUAUAAGAUAAAUAUUCCUUUUGGCUAUGUGUCGUCAUUUAAAAAGAACGGACUCCUGUUUCUUUGCUAACAUUGAUUUUUAAGGAAGUGGGAUCUAGGGUUUUGCUGGAGAAGAAUGCCAAACUAGGGUUUGGCAACAAGUGUAGUUUUCUGCAUGUUGAGUUACUUUAGAGCCCAUGGUGAGUAUUUGAUGUGAAAACCUUGCUUUGGGGAUUUUUUUUUUUUUUUCCAUUUCAGUUUGGUGUAUCUUUAUUUUGAACACAAAUGCAUGCUCUUUUUAACCUCUAGUCUUUGAAAUAAUUGUAGAACUUUUUUUUAAUGGAGGGCAAAAUGCUUGUCAGCAAUCCGAAAAUAAAAGCUGAACAAGCUGCUUAAGUCUCUGAUGAAAAAGUUUAAAAAUAAAAUUUAAUUGCUACUGCCUUCCAAGUAAUUGUAUUACUAGUUCCUGUAUAAAAGAAACAUUACUGCUGCCUUUGUAUAAAUAAAAUUUUCCUGCAGUACAA